GUUUAACAUUGCGAGCUCCACCUAGAUAUCCAUCACAGCUACGGAGUAACCAAUAACCACGUUGGGAUGCCCGAGAUCGGAGACACAGAUAAGUAUGCCUAAUGUGGGAUUUCCUCUCUAGGCUCUGCGACUUCAAACAAACUCCAGCAGUACCCCCGAGACCCUUUAUGUCCUUAUAUCCACUACAGGAAGCCUGGCCAUAUGCAGAUUUGAUACAUGGGAUUGCCUAUGAUCCGUCUGAAUCGAUCACCUUUCUUCACCCAUUCGGCAACAUAUACCACCGUGCAUCAUGACCUGCGACGCCUGCAAGACCGGCUUCCGGUGGGACGGAACCCCCGUAGGUUCUGAAACCACGCUGGCUGGCAACCAGACAUACGUGACCGGCACCUCCACGUCGGCCGCCAUCCUGAUAGUCCACGAUGUUUUUGGAUGGACGUUACCCAAUGCGCGGCUUCUAGCUGAUCACUACGCCCAAGAGGCCAAUGCUACGGUCUAUCUUCCAGAUUUUUUUGGCGGAGAAAUCGUGUCACCCGAGGUUAUGGACGACCCCGAGAAAAGAGCGGCGUUCGAUAUACCUGCGUUCAUUGCCCGGAACACGAAAGAGCAACGGUUUCCGGAGAUCCUCGCGUGUGCCCGGGCCCUGAAGGACGCAUAUCCCAAGGUCGGCGCCAUCGGGUUCUGCUAUGGCGGCUGGGCCGUCUUCCAGCUUGCAGCACACGGCACCGAGUUGUUGAGUUGCAUUUCCACUGCACACCCGACGUUUCUCUCAGAGGCAGAGAUCGCUGCAUGUCGGACUCCGGCCCAGAUCCUGGCGCCAGAGCAUGACCAGUACUUGACACCCGAAUUGAAAGAGUAUUGCAACCGGGUGAUCCCGAGUCUGGGAGUCCCGUAUGAAUAUGUCUACUUCCCGGGGAUGUCUCAUGGGUUUGCUACGAGAGCGAACCUCAACAACGAGCUGCAGAAAGCGGAAUUGGCAAGAGCGAAGAGAGCGGCGGUUCACUGGUUCAAUGAAUGGCUGCGUUAGCGUUGCAGUACCGGUACCGCCAGUCGUGUCAUUUGGUCUCGAUGAUGUUGGUUAGUUAGCUAACUCGAUGAAAGUAUAUGUGCUUGAUAUGUAGAAACUGAUCAUGUUCCAGGAUGUGAGUCCAAAGAUGGAAGCGUAUUGUUCUUUCUUUAGCAUUGCUUUCGACGCCGAGACUAUCGUACAAGGUACCGAUUCCGUGGAGAAGGACUUGGUAGUCGCGUCUCAGGGCGCUAUCGGAGAGAGCUAUCACCUACUUGCAAGCGGUGAGUAGAGCGGAGGUUGCCGACGCGGCGCAAGAAUCGAGGGCCAAGUUUGAUAUUCCUGGAUAUUGGGUGGAAAUGGCGAAGAGAUAAUUCUAGCCUCGGAAUGUCAAAUGUGUAUAGACAUCAAUAAUUCGUAUGUCCAG